UCAAUAUAGCUAGAAAUGAAUCAACUUGAAUAUGAUCUCCUAGAAAAAAAGAAUUUUGCUAGUGCUACUAUAUUACUGUUAUCAUCUUUUCUAGGUGGAAAACUAGUUACAACUUUUUCUAUACCAAGUAACUGGAAUAAGCUCACAAGUACACCGACUGGUCCAGAUUUUGAAAAACUUCGAGGGGUACAAGGAAUUCGAGUUUAUAUGACCAUUGUUGUCAUUGGAGUUCACACUGCUGUAGCACUUGUUGCUAGUCCUAUACUGAACCCGCGAUAUACUGAAAAUAUGAACGACUUUCCGGACUUCGCAAGUGAAUUUCCCAGACGUGGAGUAUACAUUUUGACAUUUCAUUUCAUGAUGUCCACUUGGAUGUUGAUUAAUUCGAUGCUUGCUAAAGUAGACAGAAAUGAAGAGGUGGAUUUCAAGUUUGUUAUGAAAUCUUUAUUGAAGAGAUAUGUAAGGUUUACUCCCACUGUUGCUCUGAUAGUGGGUUUCUUCGCAACAUGGUUUCGUCAUAUACCAGCUGGUCCUUUCUGGCUUGCUGUCUGUGAAGAAACUGAAAGGUGCAGGAAAAACUGGUGGUUGAACAUGUUCUUCGUUCAGAAUCACAUUGACCGCUACAAUAUGUGUCACAUUGUCAGUUGGUUCCUCGCUGUGGAAAUGCAGUAUUAUAUAAUCGCAUCAUUAUUGUUGAUGAUUCUACUGAAGAAUAGACACAGGAUUCUUCCUGUUAUUGGAUUCCUCAUAGUUUUGAACAUGUUCUUCACUUUUCUUGACCACCGCAGACAUGGAUAUCCCUCUACAUUGUCUUCUAAACCAGAAGAGGUUUUCAGAGUCUUGUUCAAUAAGAGGCCUCAAUGGCAUGAUCACUUCGCCAGUUAUCAUGCUAGCGCUGCUGGUUCCAUACUUGGACUGGGAUUUGGAUACGUUUACUAUGAGACUAGGGAUAAAACAAUCUUUACCAAAAAGAUUCAUGUUAUCUUGUGGUGGAUUCUAUCACUCGGCUUCCUAGGAUUAGUUUCCUUUUUCCCUUCAUUUUACAAUGUAGACCAAACUCCCACUCAUUCCGCCAUCUGGGUAGCUUUAACUCGACCUCUGUACGCUGCAGGAAUGGGGCUUCUAGUCUUAGGAAUGGCACAUGGCCAAGGGGGUUACCUGAGAAGAAUGUUAGAAUGGGGCCCACUCAAUGGUUUAGCCAAAUUAUCAUACUGCGUUUAUAUCGGUCAUACAGUUUUCCAAAACAUCAGAGUAGGAAUGAUGAGAACCCCUGAAUUUGUUAACCAGUACACAUUUGUGACGCACAUGCUAUCAGACGUCGCGAUAGCUUUCCCUGCAGCUGUUUGGCUCACCCUAUUCUUUGAAAUGCCGUCCAAUGAAUUAGCAAAUAUGAUGUUCAAAGUCAAAAAAAACUUCGAAAAAAAGAAAAACUGAGUACUGCCAUAUCGAAUCUCAAAAGUACAAUCAUAAUGAAAACAAAAUAUACAAAUUAUGUUCAAUUCUUUUUUUCAAAAACUUUGUUAUAU